AUGGCCGCCUUGUCACCCGUUGCUUCACCCGGGCCAGCGGUUCGACCAGUGCGGUCGCCAGAGGUUCCGAGAGCAAGGGCCAGCACAAGUCCGCUCACCAGCUGCAGUAGCUGCAGCUUGGGAGUUCUUCUCGGAGCUGUCGCGGCCUCCGGUGCCUCGGGUCGCUCAAGCAGACCCCAACGGGUGAGAACCGUCCGAGCGGCAUCCGUGGUGGCGGAGGUUGGGACGCAGGCAGGGGACAAGCCAGUCGAAGGCAAGAAGUUGAAGGUCAUCAUUGCUGGCGGUGGGGUUGGUGGCCUUACUUGUGCUCUGGCCAUGCUGAAGAAGGGCUGGGAUGUUCGAGUCUAUGAAAAGACUGGGAAGUUCGCCCGGUUUGGUGGACCGAUUCAGUUUGCUAGCAAUGCAACUUCCACUUUGAAGGCAAUUGACGAGCGCCUCUUUGAUCGGGUGAUGCAAAAGUUCACCUUCACAGCCACACGCCGAUGUGGCAUCAAAGAUGGUUUGCGUUCCAAUGGAGACUUCCGCAUGACAGAUGUAUUGAAUCCUUCAUACUUCGUAGACAAAGACGUGCCUGCAGAUUGGUUCAUCUCCUUCCCCCUGAAAGAGUGUGCCGACUUCUUCAACCUGCCCUACACUGGCGUCAUCAACAGACCGGACUUGCAGGAUAUCCUUCUGGAUGAGUGCAAGGAUGUGAAGGAGGAUUUCAUUGUCAACGGGGAGAAUCACGACAAGGGUGUCACCGUCCACCUGUCUGACGACACAACAGAGGAAGCCGAUGUUUUGGUUGGUGCUGACGGAAUCUGGUCUGCAGUCCGGGCGGAGAUGUACAAAGAAGGUGCCAUCAAAGCUCGAUCGAAGGACGGCAACUCGAUCCAAGGCUGCCGAUAUUCCGGAUACACGGUCUUUGCUGGCGAGACAGUGCUGGAGGUGCCCGACUACUACGAAUGUGGCUACAAGGUCUACAUAGGCCCACAGAGAUACUUCGUGACCUCCGACGUUGGUGAGGGUCGCAUCCAGUGGUACGCAUUCCUUGCUCUGCCCCCUGGGACUCGAAAGGCUGGUGACACCUGGGCAGGCGACACCGGGGAUGCCAAAGAAGGUGCCGAUGUCAUUUCUUACCUCAAGUCCUUGCACGAAGGCUGGAGCGAGGAAGUCUUCUACGUCCUGGACAAUACCCCGGCGGAGUCAGUGGAACAGCGAGAUCUGUACGAUCGCUGGCCGGAGUUCUUUCGCUCUUGGGCAGAUGGCAAUGUGGUGCUGCUGGGUGAUGCAGUGCACCCCAUGAUGCCGAAUUUGGGCCAGGGUGGUUGCCAAGCGAUCGAGGAUGCGUAUGAGCUCGUGCGAAUCCUCGACGGGUCGAAGACCUACUCUCAGGAUUUUGAUCCCAAGGUGACGGCAGAUGCCCUGCAGCGAUUCUAUCGCAACCGGAUGCCGCGGGUUGCGGGCAUCUCUCUGCUGUCAGGGUUGGCAUCUGAUUUGAUCAUCAAUGCAUUCGGCACGCCGUGGUCCCCACACGACGAAGCUAUGGUUGCAUUCAACCUCACUUGCUCCGACAAGGGCACGGACUGGAGGUCCUACUUGACUUUGGCCUGGAAGCCCUUGUUGCAGUUUGUGUUCUUCCCGCUCCAGUUUCUCUUCCUCUACUCCAACCACCCGUCUGGGGGAAUGGGAGACUUGCCGCAGCGCUUGGUGGACGAGUGGGAAAAACGUCACAGAGAAAAAGCGGAGGCUUUGGGAGCUGAAAUGUUGCACAUUGCAGCGAUAGUCAUCUUGCAUCAGUCGCAGGCCGCCUUUGCAGCCAAAAGGAGCGGGAAAGCAUCCAGCAGCGGACCAUCAUUCUUUGCCAAGGUGAACCAGGUAGAGGAGGAAAAGGCAGCGCAGCGUCGCGUCAUCAACGACUGCCCGACCCAGCGCGGAGCUGACGUUUGCCGAAAUGGACGCGAGAAGCUUCGAAUGGGCUUUGUGGCUUUCGGCACAGGAAAUUUCGCGGCAGUUUGGUGGAAGUUUCCCGUUCUCCAUGUUAACUUGGUCGGCAACUUUCACGCGCGGAGACGAAACUACGCAACUUUUCUGGCUUCUUUCGUCCAUUGGAAGGCCGCUGUGGACAUGAAGCCUGGCUCGUCGCUCCAGCCCGUUUCGUCGCCCUAUGCAGUGCUAUCAAAGGGACGGAGGAUUGUGGACUCGGGCAUUGUCGCUGCUGGAGAUUGCGUGUCGCGCCAAGAGCUAGUGCUCUUCCUUCUUGAUGGAAGUGGGCUGAGCCACAAGACCGGUGGCACGGAGGGAGGGCACUGUGGCGACGACAUGGCUUGGACGACCCCGAUUCAUCAUCUGGACAUGCCCGAGAAGCUCAUCUCGUGCUGCCGCCAAGUCCGUGAGCUCGUCCCAGCAAGCCGUGUUCGAGUUUUCGUGGACAUUCACGGAUUCUGCCGCCUGCAAGCCAGUUCCAACGACGAUGCGUCGCUGCCUCCUUCCUGGGUACAGUGCGUGCCACCCGGCUGUCGGGUUGCAGACUUUCUGUUGGAAUUUGGCCGCAAGCGUGCUGGCAACGGCGGGGAUGUGAGUGUCGUGUCCAAUGCUGCGGAUGUGGUGGAGAGCUGCCAGACUUCGGAGCCAAAGUUGCGACAGCUGCAUUUCAUGAUUGUCGAUGGUGACCUGGUGAUGCCCGGCCUUCGGAGUCAGCGGAGCCUACGAUGUGAGCAGGAGUGGCGACGAUGUGUUCAUGAGCCCGCAGACCGAAAAGGACGCAAGCGCAGCCGCUCACCACGCCGAGUAGACAUGGGAGGUCCCGGUCAGGCUGGAGACGUUGAAGCCAGUGAUACUCUGCGCGAUUCCCAGCUCGAUGGCGAGCUUUUGGAGGCAGUCUGA